AUGAAAGAGGCAUGGGAAUCAUCAAAAUCGCCCGUGCAGCAAGCUUUUCAAAAACACUUCACACCGUCGCUUGAGGACGCCAAAGAGCCUCCAGAAGAUCCGCUGGCGACAAUCAGUGACCACGUGGCCAAGAUGCGAGAAUGCAAAAUUCCAUCUGAUUCUGUUGUCGAGGCUCGGAGGGACUUCGCCCUACACCUGCAACUGCUACGGGACAUUUGCCGCACCGUCACGCUUCGCCUUGAGGAAUUGAAGUGGCUUGUAUAUAUGAACGAGGAAUUCGACGUGCCCGUCCCUGUACCUGGCCAUGAUGAGCCUUAUAGUUACCCUGAUCUUGAAGCGCCCGUCGCUUGA